CCCGAACUGCUCCUUCCCAAAGCCCCACAGAAAUCCAAAAAAACCACCGAAGUCUCUCUCUCUCUCUCUAGAAGAUUCUCAGGCCGGGAACUUCACCUACGUCGGCGGCGAACGGAGUUUCCGUCCACGUCAUUUACCGACUCGCCGGAAUGCUGACGUGACGUUCCCUUGCCGCUUCGCACUUCGCGAUCUCUGGCCGUAUCCGUGAAAACCCUAAGAAAAAGCGAACUUCUUCUUCUUCUUCUUUUUUUUUUUAACGUGGAGGACUUUUGAAGUUAUUCCAUGCUUUGUCUCUCAAAUCAGAAGCAAACUACGACUAUAAUAGCCUUAAUCGCAGAGACAAUAAAGGGUUGAGAGGAGUGGAAAUGGAGCUUGAAGAUUCAAUCUCAUAGCGUUCUUGCUUUGGAUCACUGUAUAGUCAUGCCUUUCCCCAUGAGAAUUCAACCGAUCAAUCUCAUCAACUCUCUGGAAGAGCCGGCUCGGUACGAACCGGUGAAGCCCGCGGCGAAAUCGAGGCUGAAACGCCUCUUCGAGCGGCAGUUCCUGAGGUUUUCGACGGUGGAGAAGAUCGCCGGCGUCGAGGAAAUAGCAGCGCAUUGCAAGAGGGAGAACUCCGGUGAUUUCGAGCCGAGUUCUGUUUGUUUGGAGAAUAUGGUGCAGAAUUUCAUUGAAGACGAAGAUAAAACGGUGAAAUGUAAUCGGAACAGAUGCAAUUGCUUCAACGGAAACUGUAGUGAUAGUUCGGAGGGUGAGUUGGACUCGUUUGGCGAUGCAUGUGAAAUUCUCAAGGAUUUGGUUACUUCUGCUAGUGCUUGUGAAAGAAAUCUACUGGCAGACAUUUCGAAAAUCGUUGAGAAAAACAAGAUCUCGAAGCGAAAGGACGAUAGUUGCAGGAAGAUCGUUAUAGAUGACCUCAUUGGUCUGGGAUACGCCGCGUCAAUCUGCAAAUCACGGUGGGAAAAAUCUCCCUCGCAUCCCGCCGGGGAGUACGACUAUGUGGAUGCGAUGGUGGAAGGAGAGAGAUUGAUAAUCGACAUAGAUUUCAGAUCAGAAUUCAAAAUCGCUCGGUCAACUAAAUCCUACGAAACCAUCCUACAGAUUUUACCCUGCAUAUUCGUUGGCAGAGCCGGUCGUCUCGAAAGAAUCAUCGCCCUCGUUUCAGAGGCUGCGAAGCAGAGUCUGAAGAAGAAAGGAAUGCACUUCCCACCGUGGAGGAAAGCCGAGUACGUCAAAGCCAAAUGGCUCUCCCCCUUCACACGAACCUCACCAACGCUCGAUACCACUUCCCCCAACUCCGAUCGCGAAACUGAAAAGGAAGAGCCUCUGAUUGCCACGAGCAAAGGGAGAGUCUUCUCUCCGGUUGAGACUGAUCAUGACGAGACUGUGUUUGCUUUAUCGGAGAGUUCUGGUGAAGAAGAGAUGGCGGCGGCGGUGAAGAAAUGGGAACCACCGGAGACAAUCAGACCUAAGAGUUCACAUACUGGAGUUAAGAUUGUUACUGGUUUGGCUUCAAUCAUCGAAGACAAACCUUGAAGUUUUGUUUUCCUUUCCUUUACCGUAUCAGAGAAUCAUAUACGCAUGCAGUGCCACUAUUAACUGUAACUUUUGGAUCGUUGGUCAUCCCUUCUCUUUUUUCUGUAAGGGUGUCAUCUACUAAUAUGAUCAAUAAAUCACUGAGAAUAGAUCAUAAUAAUAAAGUUUAGUUCUAUAA